AGCCGUAAAGUGAAUGAUAACAUUUUCUUCUUUGGUUAUAAUUCGGCUCCAGAGAAAAUCAAAACAAAAUGAUUCGAAUAGCCGGCGCUCAACUUUAUAAAAUUAAUUCCCAUCCGAAUCACACAUUUCAUAGUGUUAGGACAGUAUGUGUGAAUUCAUAUGUGCAGUUGAACAGAUCAAAAGCCGAGGAAUUGGCGGAGAAAAAACGAAAAGAUAAGGACAUGAGAUGGACGAAAUUAUAUUACUUUAAAGACAUAAAAUACCAUGCAAUCGUUACGAGGCUGAAGAUUUAUCCGUAUCUUUCAACCGUUUUGCUCACUCCAAUUACCUAUUUAGUUGAGCUAAGCCAACAUUUUCCAGAUUUUUCAGCCACGCCGUGUUUGAUGAUUGGUCUGACUGGAAGUACCAUUCUAUCGGCGUACAGCAAAGCUCUCGCAAAUACAAUUGGAAUCGUUUACAUUUGUGGACAGAAUAAAAAUCUUCAGAUUACCUAUAUUGACUUUUGGGGAAAGCAGCAAUUUAUUCAAACAACAGUAGAUGACGUUCCGAAAUGGCCUAAAAGCCCAGUUAAAUUCGGUUUAUAUAAGACAGUCCAAGCGAUUGAUGGCAAAGAGGAAAAAUCGUUGAAGCUUCCAUGGAAGGGAGUGGACAUUUUCGAUAUUAAACUAUUCCGAAGAUUGUUUGGAAAGUAAUUACUGUACUUUUGGUCGAUAAAAGGAACAUUUUUUUGGGAAAUCAGAUUCUGAGUCUCAGAAAAAAUGACACAAAAGAAGAUAAAUGAAUAAACAAUAAAAAAAAAAUGAGAAAAUAAAUCUUUUAC